AUGGCCGCAAUUCCCGCCGGAUCUUCCGUUGCCUCUUGCUGCAGCACGAACGAGAAGGAAGCUCAGGCAGGUUCUUCGGGUGUCAAGAACGACCCGAAAGAUGGUCCCGCGGCCGGCGGCGGCGGCGGGAGCAGCAGCGGCUCGGUGGUGUGGGGCCACGUGGAGGAGCUGGCCAAUGAGGUGGCAGAAUUGAAGAGACGGCUGCAGGAGGAAGAGGAAGAAGGGCGGCGACUGCGCAACGAAGUGAAGCACCUCCGCAGCAGCAACCACGAUCUGAAAAUCAUCCCGCCGCGCUCUCCCCGCGCGGCGGACCCGGUUGCGCCGGCGCUCCUCGCGCAGUCCAUCCGCGCUUCGUUCAUCGAGCCCGCCGCCGACAGCCCGUGCCCAGACGGCGGCAACGGCGGCGGCGGCGGCGGUGGCGGGGGCGGCGCGAACCUCAGAAGAUCCGUCUCCCUCGGUCGUGCCGAGGGGGUGUCGGCCUACGCCCGUCACAUGGCCGCCGCGUACGUAGCGAACAACGGCGAAGGCGAGGGUACCGGAGCGAAGGCGAGUGGUGGUGGUAACCCGGUGUGGGUGAGUGGCGAGCAGUGGGUGCACACUCUCUCCUCGCCGCGUCACAGCAUUAACGCCAGUGAGUUCGGCGUGCUGCAGUUAGGAGACGACGAAGACGGAUUAAGACGCUCCUCGGGCACUCCGCUCUCGCUCCUACUCUCCCUCUCUCGCCCUCUCUCCGGACCUCUGCCGAACCACCUGCAGUCGGGUCGGGGUUCGUUGGUUGCUCCUCGAAGCGCGAAUGACGGCGCUGCGGGGAAUUCGCCUGUCGGGCCUGGUGUCAGCCCGAACGCGAAGCUACGCGCGGGCAACAUGAUUGUAACGGGGCUGACUGUAACGGACGCGAACGGCGUCGCGAAAACGAUCAAGAUGGAGCAGCUCGUGACUGCCGAGCCUACGACGCCGAGCCGGCCUCCGGUCUACCAGGGUCGGCCGAGCCUGGAUAAGAAACGGCCGCCGCCAAUCAAGGGCAUCCCGUUGCCGUGGGAUUCAAUGAACGGCGAGGAUCUAAAGAGCCAGAGCGGGCUGGGGACUUCGGGGACGGCGGAAGGCGGAGGUGGAGCGGAGAUUGCGGGGGAGAAGAGCGUUGGCGGAAGGUCAUGGGGAAGCGGAAGAUCAUGGGGAAGAGUGGGAAGCGUGGGUGGACGUGAGGGGGAAGAGGUGGAGGGGGAAGAGGGGGAAGCGGAGGAAAGCGGAGGCGAGUCCGGGGAGGGAAGCAUGGAGGCCAACGCGUCUGAUGAGGACGAAGGAAGGAGGGACGGAAAGGAAGAGAAGAAUGAGAAGCACGAGAGGCAAGCUGGAAAGAAGGGGAGUGAAGAAGGAGGGGAUGGGGAGAUAGAACAGCUGAUAGCGCUGGUGGAAGCGAGAGAGAAGAGAGAGACAGGCGCAAGGAGAGACACCGCCGCGUCCCCGUCCGCCUGUGCAGUCAAAACCGCUGGUACUGCGUCUGGUGAUAAGACCAAGACUGCUGUUGCUGCCGCCGCUGCCGCCUGUGCCGCUGGUGCUCUUGCGCGCGCCAGCAGCGCGGGGAGUGGAGGGAAGGCGGCAGGCGCGGCAAGGGGGCGCAGCGGAAGUCCAGUGUUGCGGCGGAGCAGCAGUAGCGGAGCAGGUUUUGGCUCUUCUUCCGGCACCAACCGCGCUGCCGCCUCUCCCCGCGCUGCUUCUCCGCGCGCUGCUUCCCCUGGGGGGAACAGCAGCAGAGGUACCGUCCCCCGCACGACCUCCUUCCGCGCGUCUUCUCCUCGCGCUGCUUCCCCAAGUGGCGGAAACAGCGUGACGAGGGGACGACUUUCCAGGAGCGUCUCGGAUAAGCACAGGGCUGGUGUAGGCGGUACUCUCGAUAGGAACGAGCCGGAAGGAGAAGCGGAGGAGGAGAAUGAAGAGGGUAAUCUACCCAUGAGGCGCGCGGAGACGGUGGAGACGGGGGAUAAUAUCUUUGGCGAUGAUAUCGAUGAGGAAAUUGAGAUGGAGGGCGUGAAGGGGGGCGGCGGAGGAGGGGGCGCGUUGCGCCGAUCGGCGUCGUUCGGAAGCAGCUGCCAGGCGGCUGCAGGCGGAGGAAGCGGGGAAGGCGGGGAAGGCGGAGAAGAGGGGGCGGAUGUGCGGGGAUCGCGGGAGUCCCUGUGUCGCAGCGCUAGUCUGGGGGGAAGGCGGAACCCCAGCGCAACGCCGCUCGCCGCUGCGGUGGAGGCAUCUCGCGGCCAUGCGGCGGAAGGGGACGGGGAAGGUGAGGGUCCGUCGCUUCAGCGGCAGAACGUGUUGAGGGGGAAGAGUGGGGAGGUGGUGGAGAGGGAGAGGCGCGGGGAAGCAGAGCCACAUGGGCUGCAACUGCAGCAGCGGCAACAGCAGCAGCAGCAGCAGCAGCAGCAGGAGCAGCUGGAAUGGCAGCAGGAACGGCAGCAGGAAUGGCACCCGCAGCAGCAGCGCCAAACCGAGUACGCGCAAGAGCAUGCUGGCAUGGGCAGCAGCAGGCUUCGCCGGUCCGUGUCUGCUGACGUGGGUGACGCAAUGCUGGUGACUCUAGGCGGCGCCUGUGACUAUAACGGAGGUGAAACGACCGAGAACGACAGCAGUGGCCACAGGCACUUCUACAGCCAUGGUGAAUUUAACGAGGGCGGCCACAGUCACACCCGCAACAAGCACAAGCAUGAGCAGCACGAGCAGCAGCAGCAGCACAGCAAGCAGAGUAUGUUCCAGAGGCUGUUUCAGAGGGCUAAAAAGAGCAUUACCGGCAGCAGCGGUACCACACGGAAUCAUCAUCAUCACCAGCAGCAGCAAGAGCUUUCCCUGGGCGCGGGUGCAGGGAAAAAGGGCCCUGCAAGGACCAUGUCAGAUGGUGCUGUUGGCAUUGACGGCUGGCAGAAGCAAAGCGCAGAGCCUUGGGAGAAUCUGAGUGAGGGUGUGGACGGUGGGGGAGCGGGGAGGGGAAGGGGAAGGGGGGAAUGGAGCCAUGAUGGCUGCGGGGUAGAGAGCAUGCAAGGAGGGGGGCAUCGGAGAGAGGUUUCGUGUGAUAGUAGCGGAGGUGGUGGUAAGAGGAAGGAGGUGAGGGAGGAGAGCGAGGAUGGCAGUGGGAGAGACAGAGGGGAAGUGUUUGCGCAUGCAAAGAUUGGAAGUGCUGCUAGUGCUGCUAGUGCUGCUCCCCUUGGCCAGCCCCAGAACCGCCCCAAACGCCUUCAACAGCCCUCGGAGAACCGGGAGCAGCGGCAGCCCAAACACAACGGUGGCAGCAACGGCGGCAACAACGGCGCACCCCCCUCCUCCUCCUCCUCGCCCAGCAAGAUUGAUCCAAUCAUCCGUGCUCUCAACUACGCAGCGGUUACAGGCCGGUUACCACCCGGCAUGGCUCUAGACGCUAUCUCAGAGGAGCGGUCUAGCGCGCUGCUCUCCUCCGCCAUCCCCUCCCCCUGCGCGUCCGUGCAUAACUCCCUCCACCUCCUGCCCUCGCUCCCCUCCCCGGGUGCUCCGCAUCCCUCGUAUCCCUCGCAUUCCUCUCUGCAUGGUAAUGGUAAUCCCCUGCGCCGCCCGUCCUCGCCCGCUGCUGCUGCUGCUGGUACACUUAGUUCCGAAGCAGGCGGGUCUGGGCGAACCCCCCUGCAGAUGUCGGGGGAGAUGCUUCCCCCUCCGCAUGUGGCCAUGCCUGGCGCUGCUACUGCUGGCGGUGCUUCCGAUUCUGCUGGUGCAGCUGCUGCUGCUGGUGGUGGUGGUGCGGGUGAAGCUGCUCCUGCUUCUCACUCCUCCAAUCCAACCACUCCUCGUCUCUCCCCGACCAGGGGAAUUGGGUCCCGUGGCACCCCCCUCUCCCCUCUCUCCCCGCUCUCCCCCACCCGCCCCUCCCCAUCCUCCCCCAUGAGCCCCAUCUCUCCCGCCGCCACCUCCCCCAAGCCAAUCCCCAUCCGCCACGUCAUUCAAUGGCAGCAGCAGCAGCAGCAGCUCAAAUCCCCCCGGGCGCAACAGCAGCAGCUGAAAUCCCCACGCUCACAGCAGCUGCAGCAGCAGCAGCAGCACAGGAAGCCAGGGCAGCAGCUGCAGGUGAAGGCAGGCUCGGUAGCCUCCAGGGGAGGUUCGGCAGGUGCUGGUGGCGGGCUGCACGGCAUGAGCAGCAGCAUGGGAGGAGGUGUGGGAACGGUGGGAAUGGGGAUGGGGGGAUUCAGUGCGGUUGGCAACGGUGGGAUGCAGGGCAGUGGGGUACACGUCAGCCAGACGAACAUGAAUGCGGCGACUGCAGCAGCCAUUGCAGCGGCGGCUGGGAGCAUUGUGAGCGGCACGGGCAGCUCUCAGAGCCGCUCCUGCAGCCGCACCUCCAGCAUGCGAUCCGAGCAGGACUUGAACUUGUCCAAGUUGAGGAAUGGCAGCAUCUCAUCCAAUGAGUCUUGCCUCUCCAUGUAA